GUGGUAGCCAGAGGGCUAUAAAAGCUUGGUGGAGCCAGGCAGCGAAAGCAACCUAAAGGCCAGGACUGGCACACUGACGGAGGCCGGUAGGCUACAGCAGGUGCAAUAUCUCGAGAAAGGCUGAAAAGCUCAGAGCGGAAGAGAUCAGGUCCAGGAUGCCGCUCCUGUUCUUGUCCCACCUGCUAGGGGUGUGGCUGCUACUGAGCCAACUUCCCAGAGAGAUCUCAGGCCAGAGGACGAACGACCUUAUUAAGGCAUGCGGCCGAGAAUUAGUCCGCCUCUGGGUCGAGAUCUGUGGCUCGGUCUCCUGGGGGAGAACGGCUCUGAGUCUGGAGGAGCCUUGGCUGGGAUCCGGACCGCCGGCAGAAAUCAUGCCAUCCUCCAUCACCAAAGAUGCAGAAACCUUAAAGAUGUUGUUGGAAUUCGUUCCUAAUUUGCCACAGGAGCUGAAGGCAACACUGUCUGAGAGGCAGCCAUCACUGAGAGAGCUACAACAAUCUGCAUUAAAGGAUUCAAAUCUUAACUUUGAAGAAUUUAAGAAAAUUAUUCUUAAUAGACAAAAUGAAGCAGAAGACAAAAGUCUUUCAGAAUUAAAAAACUUAGGCUUAGAUAAACAUUCCCGAAAAAAGAGACUGUUCCGUAUGACACUGAGUGAGAAAUGUUGUCAAGUAGGUUGUAUCAGAAAAGAUAUUGCUAGAUUAUGCUGAGAUGAAGCUGUGUAUUUCAUCUAAUGUUCACAUGUAUUCUCACUGACACAUUCACUGAUGCCUCUGUCGCCCCACUGAUUACUAGAAUAUGAGAAAUUAUUUUUAGUGUUUAGGUUUUUCAUUUGAUGUGUAAUAAAAUGUCCCUUGCAUUACUGUAGUUUCUGAUAAUAAUACUUUUUAUGUGAGAAGA